AUGAGUCGUACUACAUCAAAUUCAAAUCAAGCAUGUGUUUCAAAUGAUUUUGAUUUGAAUACUUGUUGCAUUCUGUUAAAUAUUUUUCAAAAUCAACUACCAUCUGCCUAUCAAAUUCUUUGGUGUCCGAAUGCAACACAAGAUGAUAUUCAUUUAUUUUUUUCUCGCAUAAGAACAUUUCCUUCGCGCACUUUUGCUAUUAUGGAUAUUGAUAAAAUGCAUCAUCGUCUACGUGAAAUACUUUUAAACGAACAAGAUCAAUUAACACAAGAACAAGAGAUCCAUGGAAAGGUGUUUUAUUUUUCACGUGAAAUAACUACUGCUCGAAAAGGUCUACGACUAUAUCCAAUACCAGACAACUAUCAAGAUUCUACUCAAAGUUAUCAACAUUUACUGAAUCUAUUUAAACAAUAUCAAAUUGUACCAUCAAAAAUUCAAAUUAUCAAUGGUGCAGCGGGUAUUGGUAAAACUCAUCGUAUCAACAAUGAAUACAAAUCUGAUAAUACAUCAUGCUUUAGUAUCAAUGAUAAAUUAAAUCUCUCAUUAUUAAUCAGUUCAUUUCUUCUAUUUGAUUCACAAACAGUUAACAAUAGUCCAUCAAUUUUUUUCAAUAUAUCUAUACAUGCACCAUUCGAAAUUUUAAAUCGAACAUUAUUUUCUCUGUUUAUUUGCGGGUGUCUAAAUGAUCCAGCUAGUGGUCUAAUAUUUUCUUUACCACAUACACAAUUAUGGAAAUUUAUAAUUGAAGUUCCCUAUACAAAUAUUUCCGGUUUAGAUGUUCGAGAAAAUUUCUAUCAAAUUCUACCUAUUCUUUCGGUUGUUUCUCCUUCGACAUUAGAAGAAGUCACCGAUGAUAAUUAUAAAUUAUCAAUUAAUACAGAAGAAGAAGUUGUCGCUCGAUUUUUGAAAGCAUUAGAAAACCGAACUAUCGACCGUAUGGCAGAAGCAAAACGUGAUGGCAAUGAUAUAGCUGUUAGUUUCGAUCAAUUAACCGAUGUUGAUGAAUGUCGCACAUAUAUAUAUAAUUGUAUACGAAAAUAUGCUCCAGAUUUACCGAGAAAUAAAAUCUAUGAACUAUCAUUUACGAAAUUUCUAUAUCGCCGUGUACGUUUCUUCGUAGGACCUUACUAUUGUUGGAAUCAAAACAUUCAACGGCUAGGUAGUAUUGCUAUGGAACAGAUGAUAAACGAAGCAAACUCUUUAACACAGAUCAAUUUUCGUAAUAGUUAUUAUCCUCGUGUUUAUCUAGUUUAUGAUCCUGGAUUUUCACUACAUUUAUUACAUGGUGAUUGGAAUCAUGUUUCACCAGAUUUAAAGAGUCUUUUUAAUAAUAAAGAUCCAUUACAAUCUAUUGAAUAUAAAAAUAAAGAUUAUUAUGCUGAAUGUUUAGCAUGGUUAAUUGAUAUUAAAUAUGAAACAUUUAUGAAAGUUAUAAAUGAAACAAAGUUUAUUCUAACAGAAAAUUUUGCUUAUAAACUUUUUCAUGUUCAUGAACGCAAAUUAACAAAGUUAGCUCUAAUUAUUGAAGGUGAUACUGGUGUUGGGAAAACUUUUCUUUUGAAAUUCUAUUCAUUAUUAUUGAAUUCAAAAACAACGCGUGAUCCUCUGCAAAAAAAUAUCAUUCCAAAAGUUAGUGAAAAUUCGCAUGAAUUUCUUUUCAAAAUUAUUGAAACUAUGAUAGAAAAAGAAGCAAACAUUUUAAAUGGAUUCCUACAAAGUAUUAGACCAAAAAUUUUAGGCUUAGAAAAUGAUGAGGAAAAUGAAGUUGAACUUCUCAAUCAACGAACAAUGCAAAUACAAAAUCUACCGGUAACAACACAAAACGAUGGACCCGUUGAUAAUGUUCUCUUAGCAGACAUCAAAAAAUCUUUAAAAAAUUAUCAAUUAAAAAAACCUAUUUUAUAUCAUAUUUGGAAAACAAUUCUAACUGCUUCAACUAGAAGUGGUACUGCUUCAAUAGCAAAUUUAAUUGAAAGUUUACAUGAUUUUGUUACAAAUGAAUUAGUGAGUUAUCCAUUAAUUGGAAGUAGUACUCGAUUGAAAGAAUUACUUCAACAAGUUGAAUCACCAAGUACUGAAAGUUCCAUUGAAAUAUUCAAAGAAUAUUUAUUUAAUAGUCAAAUAAAACCGUUAUUCUAUCGUCUUCUUUUACAUCCCGGUAUUACUGAAGAACAAUUAGUCGACUUUAUGGCACCAAUUUCUCAGCUAGCUCGAGAAUUACCAGAAAUAGAAAUCGUCGUUUUCUUUGAUGAAGUCAAUACAGCUUCAUGUCUUGGUCUAUUCAAAGAAAUGUUCAUGGACGGAACACUACAUGGUACGAGUUUACCGAAAAAUAUUUUCUUUACUGCUGCUAUUAAUCCAGCGAUGAAAAUCGACGAGAAUACAAAACAAAUUCAUCGCAGUGAUUAUAUCGUUCAUGAUUUACCUCAAUCAUUAAAAGAUUUAAAAGUUUCCUAUGGAGCUUUAGAAUCGAGAACAUUAGCUGAUUAUAUUAUUCGAAAAAUCUCCAUGUUUCAAGUAACUUCAUCAGCAACCGUAAAUAAAAAAAUGCCAUUGGAAAGUUAUGUUCAAGAUACGUUAGCUGAUUCAAUUUUGAAAGCACAGGAGUUUUGUGAAAAAUAUCUUGGACAUAAUUCUGUUUCACAACGAGAAAUUCAACGAUGUUUUAGUUUAAUCGAUUUCUUUUGGGCUUUACGAUACGAUGAUGAACUUAAGCAGAAUCAAAAAGAUUAUUCACCUAAUCCUAUUCGAUGUAUUGCUUUAUCAAUUGCGUUGAUCUAUUAUUUUCGUCUUCCAACAAAGGAAGAUAAUUUACAACGUAAAGAUGAAAAAACACCAUCACGAGAACAAUUAGCUGAUCUUCUUUGUCAAGUUAUACCAGCUUUUGAUCAAGUAGUUCAAAAUGAACUCGAACUAUUUGUCAAUACUGAUAAUUUUGUUAUUCCACAAGGAGUAGCAAUUAAUCAAGCUGUUCGUGAACAUAUUUUUGCUAUUGUGGUCAGUAUUGUUACACGAACACCUUUGUGUAUUAUUGGUGUUCCAGGACAAUCUAAAACAUUAUCCUUUCAAAUUGUUCUUCAAAACCUUCAAGGUCCACAACUAUCAACGAAACCAUUUUGUAAACGUCUUCCUGCUCUCGAUCCAUUCUUUUGUCUUGGCUCGAAAUAUAGUCGUUCAGAAGAUAUUGCUUUUAUUUUUGACCGUGCCAUUAAACGUGAACAACAAUAUGAACAAAAUCGAAUGAAUACGCGAUGUGUUGUUUUCUUGGACGAAGCUUCAUUGCCCGACGAGAAAAAAAUGGUUUUAAAAGUUUUACAUCCCUAUUUAGACGAGUGUAAAGUUGCAUUUGUUGCCGUUGCUAAUAAAGCAUUUGAUGCCGCCAAUGCUAAUCGAAUGAUUUGUAUUUAUCGUUCAUUACCAUCGCAAUAUGAUCAAAGAAUUUUAGCUUAUGGUUGUUUGGGUUUGCAAUCGGAAUUACAAGAAUCGACGAUUGAUGAUCGUCUCGAAAUAAUUAUCUCUGGUUUAUGUCAAGGUUAUCGACGAAUGCUUCAAUCACCAGAUAUUCCUCAUAUAUUUCAUGAUCGUGAUUUUAUUUAUAUGUUAAGAGAAUUACGAUUUGAAUUGAUGAAUUCAAAUGAAAUUGAAAAAACAAGUAUUGGUGAAAUCACACCACGAAGUUUACUACGAGCGUUAGAAGAUAAUUUUCAUGGAGUUCGACCAGACGAAUUCAAUAGGUUAGUCGAUAUAUUUGCUACAGCUGUUGGAGAACAAUGUCCUGAUUUUCUGAGAUUGAUCACUGAAAAACAACAAAUUCAACGCAAUAUUCCAGCAAUUUUACGCAGCUCAAUGAAAUUAGAUCCUACACGUCGUCGUCUAUAUGGUCGAUAUAAAUUAAUUAUUGAUGAAUCCGAAGAUGAAAGUGCUAUUCAUCUUCUCUUUCAAUUGAGAAUUCUAGAUUCCGAUCCAAAUCGAACAACUGUUUUUCGUAUGCCUGAUUUCCCCGAUGAUGUCGAUAAUGAAUUACGAAAUGUUGAAAUCUUAUCGAAUAUUAAAUUAUGCAUGGAAACCGGUAAAACUAUUCUAAUGAUUAAUACCGGUCGAAUUCAUGGUUCAUUAUAUGAUGUUUUUAAUCAAAAUUUUUCUAUUAUGUCAACUGAAGAAAGCCGAAAAAUCUUUUCGAAAGUCGCCAUCGGUCCGAAAACCAUUGAUGUCGUUGUACAUGAAGAAUUUCAAUGUAUUGUUCAUAUAAAACGAAGUGAAUUUAAAGAUAUUCCGGCACCAUUUUUAAGUCGUUUUCAAAAAUAUUCUUUCAGUAUAGCUGAUUUAUAUUCGAUUCAAUUGAAAGAACUUCCUGAUGACGAUCAGAAAGAUAUGAAUGACAUUCAAAUAAAAGCUCGAUCAUUUGUUAAUCAUUUUGGACGAGAAUAUUUCUACGGAUAUAAUGACGGAACGUUAUAUUCAUGUCUUUUAUCAUUUAUUAAAAGAAACGACCAAGGUACCAGUUAUUUAUCAAAUAUUCAUGAAAAUUAUAAUCAAUUAACAUUAAAAUCAAAAGAAUUUAUCGAAUUAGACUUAACUAAUAAAAGACAAUGUUAUCUUUAUUUUGUACUUUCGAAACUUUUACAAUUAGCUUCACCUGAAUCCAUAAUCUUUAAAUUACCAACAUUCGAUAGCAGCAUUGAUCGAUCAUUGUGUCGAAAUUAUUUUUAUCAACAAGAGCAUUUUAAUAUUGAAAAUUUUCUUGAUCGAUUUAUUUCUAGUGCACAUUUACCUACUGAUGAUAAUGAAUUAUUCACAAUGAAUGAAACUACAGAGAAAAAAAAUAAUAUUAUGAUUACAAGAAAACUAAUGGUCUUUACUCGAACAUCAUCAUUUGUUAUAGGUUUAAAUAAUCAAUCAAAAGGUAAUUUAUUUGGUAGAAACGAUGAACUUGAUAUGGGAAUGAGCAUCAGCGAAAAAAUCGAUAUAAUAAAUCUAGCAAUCAUAGAAAACUCCAAUACGUUAAAUGAACACUUUCAAAAUUUUAAAGAUGACGGUCAAAAAUCGAUUCUGAUCAUAAUUAUUGAUGGGCGUAUUAGUCAACAACGUAUACAUAUUCCAUUUGUUCGGCAAUUAAUUGACAAAAUCGAUCUUUCACAUAAUCAAUCUUCAGAAAAUAAAGCAAAGUUUUUUAUUAUUCUAAUGCAUUCAUCAGAACAAGAACUUAAUUAUAAAUCAUGUUUUCCUUCGAUAUUUUUACAUGAUUGGGAUUAUUGGUUUCUGGAUACUUCAACGCCCGGUAGUGCAUUUCAUUUACAAAAAAUGUUACAAAUUUUUACUUCAAAAAUUGGCAUAACUCAUCAAAAAGAAACAUUAGACAAUGCUCUUUAUGAUUUGAAUAUGCUUUUUGACGAAUGUCUUUGGGAGUUUUGUUCUCGCUUACAAAUUAAUCUUCAUAAAGUAUCCGACGAUAUGUUUAAUAAUCCAGAUGCUUGUGAAUUCUAUCAACGUCAAACAACAACACGUCGACGUGUGGAAUGUUUGAAAAAUAUUUUUCAACAAGUGAAUGGAUUAAAAAAAUAUAUUAUAAUAACUUAUCAUGAAAAUGUUUCGAUGAAAGAAGACUCGUUGCGAAAAAAUUGUAAUUCAAUGUAUGAUCUUGCAAAAGAUACGCUGUGUGGAAAACAUACUAGUCUUGUCGAUGCUUUACAAUCUCAUAUACGUCUUACGUUUACAAAUUUUGUUUCGUAUAUUUUAAAAUAUAUUAUUGACGACUAUGGAUUAGAAUCUUUAACUAAAUUAUCAAGUAAUGAUAAUAAUUAUAGUAAAUUACUUGAACUACUUGAUUAUUCAUCAUUUACUGUUAAUUAUGAAAAUAAAACAGGUCCAAACAUUCAAGGAAUAUUAACAUUGAAUGAUCAUUAUUCUUGUAUUCCUCAAACACCAUUGUUUCAUCUAUGCCAGCAACGUAUCAAAAUCUUGGUAGAUAAUAAUAAGAUUAAAUUGGCUCAACAACAAGAUCAAUCGAACGACACAGACGAUAUUUUUCGUUUUGAUUACUAUGAUCCACAACAGGUACGUGCAGCAGCAACAACAACAACAACAACGGCAUUCAAUAAUUUCUAUGAUGAUAACACAGAAACCGAUAACAAACGCAACCAAUUUCGUACACAACUAAUUCGAUCGAUUACAAAUGAUAAAAUUUUAAAUAGAAUAAUUUCAUCAUCGAUUCUUGAAUCAUACACUAGAGAUUCAAUUCGCAUUCUUUGUACGAUCAUUGAAAAAAAUUUUCAUGACAAACAAAUGGAAUGUGAACAAGCAAUUAAUUUUAUUUCUCGUUGGUUAAUAUUAACUGAUGAUGAUGAAAAUGUUUCAUAUAAUUCUUCAUCGAAUCGUGAUGUUUGGCGACUUGCUCACGUUUAUACAAUACUUGAAUACGAACAAGAUGAUCUUCUUUCGUUAUAUUCUGCUUGUCGAAUUACAGAAAAUCUUGAUACAAACCAAACAUUCUACGACGAUCUUUUAGUCGAUCAAAAAAUAACACGUUCAAAUGUUCGAGAAAAUUUAUUUCAAUUAAUGUUUCAUCAUUUAUGGACAAAUCUUUGUCGUUUAUGUCAAGAUAAUUUAGAUGCUAAAAAAUGGAUUUAUAGUUAUACAUUAAUAUCGAAAUAUUAUCCAUCAGAAAGAGUUCUUCAACGAUUAGAAUCUGUUCAGAUGAAAAUUAAAAUUGAAUUUAUGAAUUUAGCUUAUUUAAUUUUACUCAAUGAAAAAACACCACAACCAACUAAACUUAUUCAACAAUUAUUACACGAUACAUCUCUUGCAGAAGAUGAUAUUGAUGGUCGUCAUAUUCCUUUCGAAGGAUCAAGUUGUUUGCAACUAUUAUCUACGAUUAUUUCCGUAAUCGAUCGAUAUUUUGAAGAGAAUAAUGGUAACAAUGGUACACUGAUGAUGGAUAUUCAACAAUGGAUUAUUUCAACAAUAAAAACAUCGAAAGGAUCGUCCCAACAAGAAAUUAUUUCUCUAUUGAAUUUUUUAAAUCAACCAUCAUGUCAUUUAUCAUUAUCAAUGAAACAACUUCUUUUCGAUGAUUUAGUUAUUAUUUUAAUUGAAAAUAGUCGACAAAAUCGUAUGAAUACUAAUCGACAGUUUACUGAUUUUUGGGAUCGUAUUUCUCUUUUAUCAGUCAUUAUGGAGUGUUUAACAAAUGAAAAUCUAGAAAAUUAUCAAAUACCUUAUCAUCCAUCUGUUAUUACCGAUGUAAAUCAAAAUCACAUGAUAAUUGAUUUGUUCUUUUUUCAUCUUCGACGAUUAGUUAACGAUGAAAAAAUUCAAACAGAAUUAAUCAAUAAAAUUCUUCUCUCAAGUUUACCGAAAAUUAAUAAUACACAAAGAAUUUCUAUUGCAGAAAAAGUAUACAAACAAUUAAAAGAGUAUUUUCUGCUACAAACUACAGCUUUAUUACUAUGUCAACCCGAUUUAAAUACUCAAGAUCAACAAAGAAUUAAUAGUAUUCUUAUGACUGUUAUAAAUCAAUAUUUAACCUUUGUAACGCCAGUCGUUCAAUUGAGCCGUUGUAUUGAACAUUUUUUUUCGAUUAUAAUUACCAAACGAUCAUGGCAUUUUCUUCUUGAUAUACUUAAAUCGGAUCGUAUUCAGCGUUUAAAUUCGGAAUGGGCUAAUACAUUGCAUGAUCUACUUGAAUUGAAACACAAUACUCAACGUAAUAAAUAUCUUCAUUACAGUGAUCAAUUACAGUUUACAUUAACAACUGACACUACUUCAUCGAUUUUCCCAACAUUACAUCAGCCAUAUGACGAACUAAAUAUUUUAGUCAACCAAUGCGUCACAGAUAACAAUGUUGAACAACGUUGGAUACCUCUAACUAAUUGGAUACAAUUAAAAUUAAAUUCCAAUCCACCAAUUGUCAGUGCUAUUGAAAUAAAAGUAAUGUUACUAUUAAAUAUUUACUAUAAUUAUUAUUGUAAUGCUCAAUUGAACUUGCUUGGCAAUUUAUUGACUAUUAUUGAACAUAUACUACAACCAUCGGAUGAAGAAAAACUAGUAUUUCGUGUUUUUCUAAACCCUGAAGAAAAUAUGAUUGGGUAUCCAAGAGAAGAUAAUGCUCAACAUAGAAAUUAUCUUAAUGAUUUAUUUAAAAUUGAUUGUCAAGAUGAAGAGCAAUUGCCUAUUCGUCACACACUUGUUAAUCUUUUAGCAAUGAUUUUACUCGGUGGAAAACAAAAUACUCUCUGGACAUUUACGUUCGAACCGUUGAAACUUGAAACUACAUACGGUUUUGCAUCGACAUCAGAUAAGUCCAUUUCGCGUAGUUAUAUUCAUUAUGAUUGUGGAUGUGUGCUAUCUGAAACAGGAGAAUUAGUACAACGUCAUGGAACUAACGAAUUCAGUAUACCAUCAGUAUAUAUAGCUUUUUUUGCUACCUUUGGUGCUAUGGCUUGGCAUUUAUUAUUAUUUGAAUCAUCGGUAGCUAAUCUAAAUGGUCCUAUUCUUUCUCCAGGUAAAAUUAAUGAGACGGCAGCAGCGGAACAUAUAGCUAAUGACAAUGUCCGAGGAAAAGUGUGUUUCUUUGUUUGUACUCGAUUGUUAUCGACCAAUUUUUUUCUUAAAUUACUAUCGAAUCAAGAUGACGCUUGUCUCUUAUUUAAUCGUUGCUUCGAAUCAUUUGCUCAAUAUAGUCGUCGACCUGAUGAAAAUCCAUGGAUUAAACCAGUUUAUCAGACAAAUAUUGAGAAGCUUGAUGCUGAAGAAAAAUUUCGAAGCAAAAUUUUUAGCCCUACAAAUGACAAAUUAUUCGAUUAUAAAAAAAUAAUUAAUAAUGUACAAUCACAAUCUGAAAUACAAGCUAAAUUGCAGGAUUACAUAGCUCAAAUGCCUGUUAUUAUUCAAUUUAUUCAUUUUAAAACUGAAUUCUGCAAGUCAGAAUCGAGUCGAUUACCAAUUAAAAUUUUACGUCGAUUACUAGACUCAUUUGAGAUUCUGAAAAUAACUCAUUAUAUUUAUGCUUUAAGUCAGUUUCAUAUUCUUUUACAUCGAACUUUUACUCAAUUGAUUGAACGAGACGAAUUUCAUAAUAUUACACUUCAACAACUAUAUGAACGAGCUGAUCAAUCCUCAAGUAAUUUAGGUCAAGCAAAUCAAAAAGAUAAAUAUCAAACAAUCAUUGAAAAUGGAAUCAGAGCUGUUAAUGAUUAUCAUACAUUUGCUGAUGGUCUCAUUCAACCUGGUGCAUGUAAUACGACUCAACGUUUUGAAAGCAUUUCUCAGGCAACACCAGUUAGUUAUCUCGUCGAAACAGACAAUGCUGAUGAAGGAGAUAUCAUUAUGCGUAUAUUAAGUGUUCUUGUCAAUUGUCAUAAUCAUCUUCUGCAAAUGCUCGAAGCAGAAAUAAACGAACAUGGCGAUGCGCUUGGUUUAGGUUCAUUGAAAGAUAUUAUCAAUGAAUUUCUACAGAGAGAAAUAUCUAUUCUACAGAUAAGUACAGAAAAUAUGGGCGUAAUUACAUUGAAUAAAAUAACUUGCCAAUGGAUUGAACAACUAUCUCGUGCGAGUCUCGAAAAUGAAAAUGAUUAUUUCCUAAAAAUGAAUUCACCAUUAAAAUUUAAUUAUCUUUAUGUUCAAUCGUAUCUUAUUCAUACAUAUCUUCUCUAUUGUCGUAUUAAUUAUCAGCACAUCAAAGGAAAAUAUCAGUGUUAUAUUAAACGAAAAACUUCGAUCGUCGACGACGACAAUGAUAAUACUGAUGUUGAAAGACUAUCAAUUGAUGAAUGGAAUCAUUUAGAUGAAAAAAAUUUCGAUCAGCUUCAGAGUGAACUAAAUUUUCUUCAACGAAUCAUCGAUGUUAUUAAAAAUUCCGAAGAAAGUCACUCAUCAAUGAAACUCUCAGAGUUUGUCCGAAAUACAAAUUAUGACGAUCGAUUUGCUCAACAAUUUGAACAAUAUCGCAUCAAAGAUUUUUCUUUGUCACAAAUCAAAAAUGUUUAUCAAUUGUAUGAGAAAUCGAUCAAUCAAUUUCAACAUGCAUAUAUAAAUAUAUCUCAUUUACUUCGCGUUUUCUUAGAUAAGAAACUAAGCGAUGAACUCAAUGAAAAAUUCACUGAAUCAUUUAUUCCUUCUGAUAAUCAGAAUAACAAAGAUGAACUUCAAAAUAAUAUACAAACAAUAACAGAAUUUUUAACUGAUCUAAAAGCUACAGAAGAUAUGCUUGCUAGUCAAUGGACUCAAUCUUUUGUAGAAACAUGUGAAUAUUUAAGUAUUGAAAAUUCAAUCACAAAAUUAAUACCUAAAGAAAUAAAAUGCGAAAACUAUGUUCCAUUAUGUAUGCAAUUAAUUGAAAUACGAACUCUACUACAAGAGCGAACUAUUGAUAUUGAAGAAAAAACUGUUGAACUCUGGAAUUGCCGCUUUGAUAUUCCAGUUACAGAUCGAUUAAAUAAUAAUAAUUUUCAAUUAUUUCGAAAUAGAAACGAUGAUCUUCCAUCUAGUGACCCGGAUCCGUCAGUGGUCUCACAGAUAACUCCACUCAAUUUGUUCGAUAUGCUCGAUGACGACGGAUUUGUUGCACCUGGAGAACCCAAACUACCGAUCGAACCUUCACCAUAUAUCCCUAAGUCAAUAUUCAACUCUUCAGCUCUAUUUAAGUUUGAGAUAAAACCAAUUUCAUUAUCUCCAUCAGUUCUGUUUGAAAAUAGUCGAACACACGCAAAUGAAUUAGCAUCAAAAGAGUCCAGCAAAGAUUUUGAUCUUAUAUUGAAAGAUGGUAAAACAGAAAAAUAUCGUUAUAGACCAGAAAAACUUUAUGGAAACUUGCAAAAAAUCUUCAAAACAAAAAAAUAUGAUUUUAACACAACUGCAAUUAUCGCUCCCGAUCACGUAUUAGUUAAUUUUACGGAAACAAAUGAAACUGAAGCAUUACCUAUUAUAGAAGCGAAAUACCGUGUCGUAGACAAAAAUUUAUUAAUACCUGUUGUAUUAGAAUAUGAAAAUAAGGAUUUUAAAUAUUUUGCCUCAGCAGAAGCAACGAUCAUUACAAUUCUUAGCCAUUUUAUUGUUGAUCAACAAUUACAAUUCACAUCGUCAGAAAAUUAUUUUAGUGUUUUUGAUUCCAUUGGCCGAUACAUGGCUGAAGAUAGUCAAAUUGAUAAAAUUUAUCGAUUUGAAAAACAAACAGAAACUCAUAUUCGAGUUCUUCGAUGUAAUCAGAAUAUUAACAUAUGCUGUGAAGUAAUUGUAACUGAAAACCAAGAUAAGACACUUAGUCAAUAUUUUGAUUCAGUAACAACAUGGAAACAGAUCGAUUUAUGGACACAAAUCAUCGGUAUCAACGUCAUAAAACAUCCAAUGCAAAAUUACAUUUAUUGGCAUACGGAACAACAAAAUAUCAUUGAUGAUAAUCAAACAAUAUCAUCUACACUUGGUCAAGCUGAAUCUGUCACUAUUGAUGUUCUCAGCAGAGAAAAUUUUAUAGAUGUCAUUCUAUCCUAUGAUAAACUGAGUAUAACGAUUCGUAUUCUUAAAUCUACUCCAGUGUGUAAUCUUUUAAACACUCCAACAUAUACAAAUCAAUUAGGUCUAAAAAUAUCGCCUCAAAAUUGUUCACUGGUUUUGAUAUUAAACGAAAAUGAAAAGAAAAUUCUUAAUAAUUUAGACAUAGAAAACUCAAUCAGUUACUUUGCUUCGGAGACUAUUCAAACGAUUCAUUUUGAAAUAUCUAUUCUUAUUGAAAUUACUCAAUAUGAUAAUGAAACCGAAACAAAAGAAAUACCUAUUUCUCAUCGAAAUAUAACAAUCAAACAAUUACUAGAAAUGAUUGAAAUCAAUGAUAAUCAAACAUAUUUAGCAUCGAAUGAAACUAAAAUUAUCCUAUUGGAACAUGCAAAUUUAUCUACAAUAAAUGAAACGAAAUUUGUUCUCAUAAAAGAACAUCAAACAUGUCUCGUAUCUAUUGAACAAUCAAGUGAUACAUUGGUAGCAAUUGAUGAUGAUACCAUGAGAAAUCAACGAUAUAUUAUUAAUGCUGUUGUAGAUGAUGUUUAUAAACAAAAUAAAACUAUCGAUCAAAAUCAAUAUCUUGUUUAUGAUAAUGAUAUUGUUCCAUCACGUGAAACAUUAUUGAGUUUACUUCUUGAUAUCAAAACUUCGUCUAUUGAGUUUAACUUAAGCAGUGAGAAACGACCAGCAAAUGUGACGGUGAAAAGUGAUGAACACAAUAUUCGAAUUCAAUUUCAAUGUGAAUCAUCGAUGUCUAUGGGUCGUAUUCAUCAAAUUGUUUGUCAACUAUGGAAAUUAAAAAGUCAACUGUUUAGUUUAACUCUAGCUGAUGAUGCAAAUGUUGACGUUGAUGAUGAACUAAAAGACAUCGAUGAAUCUACCAAUAACUUUGAAUUCAAAUUGAUUUCGAUUGCUGAUGUCAAAUGUAAGAUAACUUAUCAGAAUGAAGUCAUUAUGCUUUCAACCACAGACGACACAAUUCUAUCGACAAUUAUGAAAGAAGUUUUAGAAAAAUUAUUGAUUCCAUUAGAUGAUAUAGAUUUAUACGAAUUGCAAUGCAUUUAUGAUUUAGAUCAAUCAGUUAAUAUUGAUCUUGAUGAUACCAUCGCUUACAUUCGUUCAUCUUUACCAGAUGACUUGAAUAUUAUACCAAUGCAGUUACAAAAGAACUGA